AUGGACGACUUCUUUACGCCAGUUACCACCACCUACCUCAAGGGCAGAGAUGAGGUUGCGCCAGUCGAACUUGGGCGAACAGCGCCAAAGAAAAGCCCAGCUAACGCAGUAGUUGUGAGCUUGGACGAGGCUGUCGACAUUCUUAAGAACCAGCCAGACUACGAUUCUCUGAUAUCUACGCUCCGGUUUUUGUGCGACAAUUCCGAGUCCAUAAUGGGCAAGCCCGGCCCUCAAACCGCAGCUGUCGUCCAUCUCCUAGUCACCGAAAUUACUCCCAACUACUGGACUCUUCUACUAGAGUCCUCAAACCUCUCAUCCGACGGGCCCGUCUCAGAGUUUAGCGACGCCGGGCUUUUACUUCGCUGCCUAAGCAACGUCACUGGUCUCAAUGCCGUGGUCGCUCACAUCAAUUCCCUCCUGGCCGAGUCUCGGCAAAGAAAAAACGAUGUCUCAUCACAAGACAUUCAACUGCAUCUUCAAAUUUUUCUGGACAUGAUAGCAGCGCUCCUGAAUAGGCCCGACUCCCUCCGUCAGAUAUGGACCGCCUCGGUGCAAAAGUUGCCUGACGCUGCAAUGCGAAAGACGCAGUCGCACACCCUGAAUAGCUUGUUGGCGAGUAGCCGCGUGCUUUCAGUCGCUUCGGAGGCUUCGGCCGUUCUAGGCCUUGACAAGCUCAAAGAUGCGACCAAAUUCAUCGCCGAUGGUGCAGAAUACGUUCGAUGGAUUGCCAUCAGCAUCGCGUCCUGGGCAAAAGUGGCGUCUACGGAUUUGGAAUUUCAGUCUUGUUUCGAUAUCCUACAGAGAGCCAUGUCUCUUGGGUAUCAACAUGUCUUGGCCAAGCUGCUUAUAGACGAACUCUUGCUUCGAUCUGACUCAAACCCCGUUACUUUCAUACAAGUCUGCUUCCAGCAGCCGGCCACAUUCAAGAAGAUUAUGCAAAUUUUGCUAGAAUACUUGGCGCAAAAGUUCUUGAGCUCCAUCACUGUCCAAGAUGCGUCAGAAGACAGAACGGUUUCCUCCGUGGCCGGCAUCAUAAAUGCGCUCAUCAAAGAUGAACCGACACGAAAGUCCUUUUUGGUCUCCUGGUGCACAGCAUCGUCCGGAGCUGGCUUAGGCGACGGUAUUGGUAUUCGCCGUGCGGUAUUGGCAGCUCUGGCCAUAGACAAUGAUGCCAUCACUUCCGUCCUCGAGAAGAGCCUCAACCAAUUUGGUGAUGAGUUAUAUAUCAAGCACGCAGCCAUUUUGCAGCAAGACGUCCACACCCAAGUUCUACUGAUUAGCGCCGGAUACGUGUCUCGGCUUUCGCCGAUCAGAUUGAACAUACUCGUCAAAUCUGGUGCUUAUAUGAGCAGCAUUUCCAAUCGCAUUGCAUCUACACAGGAGAAGGCUCGAAUUCUUGGCAUGGUUGUCGGGGAGUCGCUAUCUGCGCUUGUUGACAAGGGUAAGAGCAAGCUCGAUUUCCACAUGGACGAGAUGGAGACGGAGGAGAUCGAGAGUCUCAAAUCUUUGACCGGUGUUUCGGAUUCUGUUGGCCCUUUUGAGGAGCUGCGCGAAGUUUCUCAAGUCGUUAGACUUGCUGCCUCCUCCACGCCUUUCCAAAAACAAAUAACAAGGCCAAAAAAGAAGAAACCGAUCCCAAAGACAUCUACAGUCGACAACCUGCCCAAGGCCAUAAUUGAAGAAUUGAACUCUUCUGACGAAGAGGACGAUGGCCUGGUACCUUAUUCCAAAGGCUCCGACCCCGAAGAUUCCGACGAUGAUGCGGAGCUUGUACAGCGCAACAAGGUGAAGCCACCUGUGUAUAUUCGAGAUCUCAUCAGCUACUUUCGGGAUGUGGAAAACUACGACAAACAAAUUUUGGCGCUCCGGACAGCACCGACACUUGUUCGACGAAAAGCCAAUUACGGCACAGAAGUCAGGGAUCACGCCGAGGAGCUGGCAGGUAUCCUCGUCGGCUUGCAAGACAAGUUUGAGCUUGACGGCUUCAGCGAAACACAGCUAGAAGGAAUGGUUGCUCUCAUGGUUGCGCAGCCUCAGAGCAUGGCGCCCUGGUUUGCCAGAACUUUUUUCGAGGGCGACUACAGCCUAUCACAACGUACGGCCGUUCUUAUCUCCAUAGGAUUGGCCGCCAGGGAGGUGGCCGGGUUCGACACCGGCACCUUCCAGUCCUCUGCCGAUUUCCCGUCCAAGCAGCUGCCGGACAAGAUCCAAAGUUUGUACCUGGAAGCCAACAAAGACCAGCCGCAGCAGCCCAGCGGCAACCGGCUCAAGGCACUGCCCGCAAACGCCAUCGAGUCCAUGUCGCAGGCCCUCACGGCAGACUUCCUCGCCCCGCUGGCCGCCGCCGCGGCCGAUUCGACCACCGGCCCCGACGUCCUCAAGCUGCAGAGCUUCACCGCGCGCUACAAGCGCAAGACGAGCGCCAGGCCGCGCGUGCGCGCCAUCCCCAACACCACGGCCGCGCUGCUCGCACGGUCCUUCUUCGCGCCGCUCACGGCGCACUUCCAGGUCGCCCUGCGCUCCGCGCGCCGCGUCGUGCUCAACCCGGCCCUGCUGGCGCUGUACCUCCAGACGCUCGGCAUCGUCGUCGGCGCGGCCGGCCCCGCGACGCUGGCGCUGCCGCAGAUGACGUCGGAGCUGUGGGACCUGCUGCUCGGCGUGCGCGUGCACGUCGUCGAGGACCUGAGCGCGCUCCGCGGCUGGCUCGUCGCCCUCGCCGCGCUGCUGCAGGUGCACGACGACGCCGGCGGCGGCGGCGGCAUGCGCCGGCUGUGCGAGGACCACGGCAGAGACAUCUUUGAGACGCGCGAAUGGGUCGGCGGCAUGUUUGAGAGGAUCCGCGGGGACGAUGCCGGCGGCGGCGAGGAAAACGAUGUCAAGAUGCUCGCGGCGGGAGUGCUCAUCAAGCUGGACGAGGCGGUGGAAAAGUAUCAGGCUCUGCUGAUGGGGGACAUGGCGAAUUUCUCGUAA